CUGUACGGUGUACGGAGCAGUCACUUCCGCUUUCCGAUUGUUGCUGGUGGGGAGAAGUAGCCACUUCCGGUUGCCAGUUACCCUACGUGUAGCUGCAAAAAUGCCCGAGAGAGACAGUGAGUUGUUUUCCAAUCCUCUGGCCCCUGAUGGCCAUGAGGUGGAAGAUCUUCUUUCAUUCCAGUCAAAGUUGACAAAUGAAGACUUCCGUAAACUGCUUAUGACCCCUCGUUCAACACCUUCUUCUGCACCCCCUACGAAAUCCCGUCACCAUGAAAUGCCACGUGAAUAUAACGAGGAUGAAGAUCCAGCUGCUCGCCGAAGGAAGAAAAAAAGCUACUACGCCAAAUUGCGACAGCAAGAGAUUGAGCGGGAGAGAGAACUGGCUGAGAAAUACAGAGACCGAGCCAAAGAACGACGAGAUGGCGUCAACAAGGACUACGAAGAGACGGAGCUUAUUAGCACGACAGCCAAUUACCGAGCAGUAGGACCCACAGCGGAGGCUGACAAAUCGGCCGCAGAGAAAAGGCGCCAGUUGAUCCAGGAGUCCAAGUUCUUGGGAGGUGACAUGGAGCACACUCACUUGGUGAAAGGUCUGGAUUUUGCUCUGCUACAGAAGGUCCGUGCUGAAAUUGCCAGCAAGGAAAAGGAGGAAGAGGAUAUAAUUGAAAAGCCUCAAAAAGAAACCAAGAAAGAUGAGGAUCCAGAAAUUAAGAUUGAAUUCAAGACUCGCCUUGGGCGCAACGUGUACCGUAUGCUUUUUAAAGGCAAAGCAUACGAGCGCAAUGAGCUUUUCCUGCCAGGGCGGAUGGCGUACGUCGUAGACUUAGACGAUGAAUAUGCCGACACUGAUAUUCCAACCACGCUCAUUCGAAGCAAGGCGGACUGUCCAACCAUGGAAGCUCAAACAACGCUCACAACUAAUGACAUAGUCAUCAGCAAACUGACGCAAAUCCUGUCCUACCUGAGACAAGGGACUCGUAACAAGAAGCUGAAAAAGAAGGACAAAGGAAAAUUGGAUGAAAAGAAGCCUCCAGAGGCUGAUCUGAACAUAUUUGACGAUAUUGGAGACUACGUUCCAACCGCGGCCAAAGCUCCUCGAGAAAAAGAACGAGAGAAACACAGGGAGCGGGAUAAGGACCGAGAGCGCCCACGGGAGAGAGAGAGAGACAAAGAACAUGAGAGAGAGAGAGACAGAGAACAUGAGAGAGAGAGAGAAAGAGAACAUGAGCGAGAGAGAGAGAGGGAAAGAGACCGUCCUCGUGACCGAGAGAGGGACCGGGAUGAAGAAAAGAGGAGACAGAGCUACUUUGAGAAACCAAAGGCUGAUGACGAGCCUAUUAGUAUCGAUGAAGGACCGGGAUCCACCAAGGACCUUCUCAAGUCAAUCAAUGAUAACUUUAUGGGAGCUCCUGGAUGGGAGGCAUUGGAAAUGAAGAAACAUGAAGAAAAGAAGCAGCUGGGGGAUUUCUUUGGCAUGUGGAACAGCUAUGCUGAAUGUUACCCUGCUACCAUGGACGACAUGGCAGUGGACAGUGAUGAAGAAGUGGAUUACAGUAAAAUGGACCAGGGUAAUAAGAAGGGUCCUCUAGGACGUUGGGACUUUGAUACACAGGAAGAGUACAGUGAAUACAUGAAUAACAAAGAAGCCCUGCCUAAGGCUGCAUUUCAGUACGGCAUUAAAAUGUCAGAGGGACGUAAAACAAGACGCUUCAAAGAGACAAAUGAAAAAGCAGAACUGGACCGGCAGUGGAAAAAGAUCAGUGCGAUCAUUGAGAAACGUAAGAAGCUGGAGGCUGAUGGGGUUGAAGUGAAAAGACCUAAAUACUGAAAUCCUAAAUAGAAGAAUUUUUUUUUUUUUUUUCCAUUUUCAAAAGUGGUAUUUUUAUUUUUUUUGGGGGGGUGGGGGGUAAUAUGAUCUGUGUUACGGUGCACGUGUCUUACACACAGUGGGGGCAGUAUUUUAUGGACUGAGCUUGCAUCCGUGUGCGUACAGUUUCUACCUUCACUGGUGACAUCACCGACGCCAUUAGUUGAAUCUGGUUUCCUGCAGGUAACUAGCUCCUACUAUUAGAUCGGCCGUACGUUGGUCUUAGUCACAAAAUAGCUGCCUCUACCCGUAUAAGAGGAAUACGAUUUAAAUGUACAAUGUAUCAUUUUAUAGAUAUCUCGCCUUUUUAUAGAUGUUGUCAAUUAAAUUAAUUGAUGCAUGCUAAGAAAAAAAAUCCAGUAUUUGGCUUUGUACGUAGCGCAAACAUAAUUUUCCUGAUUCAUGAGAUUAUCAUCUUCCUGUGUUGUGUAUCGGAACCUAUUAAAUAUUUAACAUCC